CACCCAGACAGACGCACUCCUCCCCGGCUCCGUGCACCGCGUCUCUCCCCUCUGCAGCCUCCGCGCUCUGGAUCUAACCAACCCCGGUCUUUACUCCAGAAUAAUAAUAAUAAUAAUAAAAAAAAAAAGCCACAACCUCUGCUCGGAGAUAAGUCCGCGGGAAAGCAGAAGUCAGAACAGCGGCGGAAACGCGGUGAAGCAGCCGUGCCAGAGCGCAGACAGGAUCGCAACACCAGAGAUGCCAAGACUGAAGACAUCUGCCCCCGACACUGACACCGACUGAACCCCGUCCACAAAUCGACACAAAAGGAGCUUCAAACCACGAAUCUGAGCGGGAAUUUAAGACUAAAACCAUGAUAUGAAGGAGGAAAUUCACAAAAAGGAAGGUUUCGAAAAGGAAAAUCUAUAAGACGUGACCCGUAGAAGAUCUGGAUGGUCUCCACGGUGACGGUGAGCAGGUUGCCCUCCGCAGAACAUGGCUUCCAACUUCAACGACAUCGUAAAGCAAGGAUACGUCCGCAUGCGCAGUCGCAAACUCGGGAUCUAUCGCCGCUGUUGGCUGGUGUUUAAGAAGUCUUCGAGUAAAGGCCCUCGUCGUCUGGAGAAAUAUCCUGAUGAGAAAUCGGCCUACAUCAGAGCCUGUCCCAAGGUGACAGAAAUCAGUAAUGUCAAAAAUGUGACGCGGUUGCCGAGGGAUACCAAGAGACAGGCCGUAGCCAUCGUUUUCACAGACGACACCUCGAGGACCUUCACCUGUGAAUCUGAGCUGGAGGCAGAGGACUGGUUUAAGACUUUGUCCAUCGAGUGUUUGGGCUCUCGACUCAAUGACAUCAGUCUGGGAGAGCCGGACCUGUUGGCGGCCGGAGUCCAGUGUGAACACACAGAGCGGUUUAACGUGUUCCUGUUGCCGUGCCCAAACUUGGACAUAUACGGAGAGUGUAUGAUGCAGAUCACUCACGAGAACAUUUACCUGUGGGACGUCCAUAACCCGCGCUCCAAACUGGUCACAUGGCCCCUGUGCUCGCUGCGCCGCUACGGGAGAGACGCCACACGCUUCACCUUCGAGGCAGGACGGAUGUGUGACAGUGGAGAGGGUCUGUACACGUUCCAGACCAGAGAAGGAGAGCAGAUCUACCAAAGGGUGCACUCCGCCACACUGGCCAUCGCCGAGCAGCACAAGAGGGUCCUGCUGGAGAUGGAGAAGAGCACCAGGUUGUUGUCCAAAGGCUCAGAGACGGGCUCGUACCCCUGCACCCCCACAGCCAUCCUGCCCCGCUCUGCCUACUGGCAUCACAUCACCGGAAACCAGAGCGGUGAUUCUGUCGAUGACGAGCUCCUCACCACUCGGCUGUCGGUCAAACGUCACUCCACUCUGCCUCUGUCCAGUCUGCACACUCAGUCCCAGCCCCACAUCAGCACCCUACAGUCUCCCAACCACUACGCCACCUUCUCCGGACAGUGACCCCGCCCACUUUACCCCCCCC